AUGUUUAAUACACACCAAGGAAAUCGGUGCCCUAGCGUUGCCCGCCGGCAACCGGCGGAGGAACUGGGGCGUUCAUCACCGGCAGCAACAACAACAACAGGCGUCAUAGCCACUGUUGCUGAACCACCGGAGCAACGAGCGACGGACGCCCCCUCUGCGAGGGGCGCAGGAACGCCCGGUAAGGACAAGGCGGCCGGCGGAGCCUUGCCGUGGUCGCGGCGGUCGCCUACAACCUCCGGCGCGAGUGACGCCGACAAUGUCCUCGGGAGGCUCCGUGUCUCAGCGGGGGAAGGGGGGCGGGAGACCAUGCAGGAGGCGGAGGCCCGCGCAAGGAGAUACGUGCGGGACAAGCUGGCCGGAGACGGGGCGGGAGUGGCGGAGUUUGUCGCGCCACCGGAAUCGCCGAAAGCGAAAGCGGCAAGAGGUCGGGCCUUCGGAGGAGAGAGAAAACCUGCACCGUCGGCGAGAACGGGGGAGGGCUCAGGGCCGGGACAAACGACGCCGCCGGCGAAGGUUGAGAGCCAACCACCGUCGUCGUCGUCGGCGGCGGCGGCGGGUGAUAUGUGCGACGAGGGCGAGGCCGGGGGGGGGGGCGCGGAGGGCAGCGACAACCCUUUCGUGGUGGGGGGUGAUACCAGAUACGACGAGGCUCCCGUGGGACCGAUCGGAGAGGCGGAUGAUGACCCUUUCGAGGCGCCCUUCUACCCCUUCGACGAUGACGGACCGCCAUUGAAUGGUCGAGCCUUCCAGUAG